CACGCGCCGGGGAUAUUCGGGAUCUCGCGCAGCGUCAUCUUGGGUUGGGUUGCGUUGCGUUUGUUGAUCCAGCGAAAAACCUCGCUCGCACGGAUAUAAUGUGGACCUGCAAUCAGCUUAGCGGACAGUAGAGGAUACGUUCGCGGACGACCGUUAUCUUUAUUUCGCUUAUAUUGUAUAUAACGGUGGCGAAUCUCUGCGUGCACAAAUGGUUCGGUGUGAUCGGUGGUCUGCGGUUCCCUACGUCUGAGCGAUUCGUAUAAGAAACUUUACUGUAUUUACCGAGUUCAUCUCAGGUUCAUUCUGCAACAGGUUUCUAUAAUAAACCAACGCUACAAAGUUGUCGCACAAUAUCAGAGGAAAACUAAUCUAAAAUACUGAUACGAAAAAGAAGAGGAUAAUACGUGCAUAAUUUACCUGCAUAUAAAACAACAAUAAGAAACACUUCUUGGGAGACCAGGGAAAGGUCUUUAUAUUCUUCAGUAUAAGGAAUACCGAAUAUCUGAAGGUCUUUUUCAAUAUGAUGCCGAUGUUCCUAACGGUGUACCUCAGCAAUAGCGACAAGCACUUCACCGAGCUUCCCAUCACGCCGGAGACGCUGUGUCGAGAUGUGGUGGACAUGUGUAAAGAGCCGGGGGAGGUGGACUGCUAUCUGGCCGAGAUGUGGAGAGGAUCUGAGCGUGUGAUUGGUGACAGCGAGCGAAUUAUCGAAGUACUGCAGCGCUGGGGUCAGCAAAGGGCGGAAGUGCGAUUCUUCCUGCGCCAUGACCGAGCACCUGGCCACGAUACAGGAGGUCACAGGGCUCCAGAGUCUCUCGCCAGAAGAAACGCAGUGAAGGGGACGAUAGAGAGACACAUGGAAAAUGGAAUGGUGGCUCCUCAUAUGGAUAUCACUCUCAGCGAGUUGCAAGAGAUGGCAUCACGGCAACAACAACAGAUCAACGCACAACAACAACUCCUGGCCACAAAGGAACAGCGACUGCGCUUCCUGAAGCUGCAGGACCAGCGGCAGCAGCAGCAGCAGGUGUCUGAGCAGGAGAAACUGCGACUGCUGCGGGAGAACGCAGAGAACCAGGAGGCCAAACUGCGCAGGGUUCGAGCUCUGAAAGGACAAGUGGAACAGAAACGCAUCAGCAACAGUAAACUAGUGGAGGAGAUCGAGCAGAUGAACGGUCUGUUUCAGCAGAAGCAGCGGGAGCUGGUGGUGGCCGUCAGCAGGGUGGAGGAGUUGAGUCGACAACUGGACGUGUUACGUGGCGGCAAAAUGGACGUCCCACAUGAAGCUGGACCGAGCUCAAGCGGAGAACUCGAGCGACUGUACAAAGAGCUUCAGCUGAGGAAUAAAUUGAACCAGGAGCAAAGUGCCAAACUCCAGCAGCAGAGAGAGAAUCUAAACAAGAGGAACGUAGAAAUGGCCGCCAUGGACAAAAGAGUGGCUGAACUGAGAGAGAGGCUCUGGAAGAAAAAAGCUGCUCUCCAACAGAAAGAGAACUUGCCUCCAUCCGAAGGGCAGAGCUCUCAGCCCACCGGCCCUUCCAGGGUUGCUGCUGUUGGGCCGUACAUCCAGACCACCCCAGCUCCUCCAGUUCCUCCCAGGCAGGAGAUUCUAGUGAAGCCUGCUUAUCCCGACGGCACAGCCACCCUUCCCAAACCUCUCCCUAAACCAACCACAGGUAUUGGUUUCUUGACAAGUAAGAUCUCCAAGGUGUCAGAUUUGUUUUCCAACACAGAAACUAACAGCAACACCCAUGGCCACUCCUCCACCCUUCCCCGCAUGACCAGCCACGGAUCCCAGGAGAAAGAUUCUGAGGCAGAUUUUAAACCUCCACCAUUGCCCUUACGCAAGAACCAGAGUAGUGAGGACCUCUUGAGGGACACCCAGUCUGCAGGUAGAACCUUUGGCAAGGUUCCUCCUCCUGUUCCAAGCAAGCCCAAACCUGCUCUACCAGGCCAGUCCACCUUCAGUAAACCUCCUUACAGCACGGGCACCUUCCCUGGCAAAGCUAGACCAGCCAAUCAGAAACCCCCAGUGCCCCUUCCAUCCCACAACAACACCUUACCCCUACCUCUGCCCCCUAAACCGGACACCUUACCUGCUGCAACAGUACGUCCUUUUACGUCAGAUACUUUGGCAGGGAAAGAGACCUCCACCCCCACUACCCUGCACAAACCCCAGACGGUGGCAGCGAGAUCCAUCUACUCCAUGUACACCCAACAAAGCACUCUUGGGAAGGGUUAUCAAGGGCAAAGUACGCUGACCCGUUCACAGCCUCGAUUAUAUGGUAAACCAGUCAUCCCAUCCAGUGGGGGCCAGCAGUGUCUUAUCCAGGACAGCAGUCAUCUUGAGAAAAUUGGAGGUCUAGAUGGUGACCAAGUGGACCAGGGCAAUAAUAUGGCCCCUGCAUCCUCUGUUGAGGGCCAGGAGGUAGAGCGUGUUCCCCGGCCCCUCAGCCCAACCAAACUUCUCCCGUUCCUCUCAAAUUCCCAUCGGCUCCAAAGCGAUGCUGAUUUGGAGGCCCUGAGGAAAAGACUGCACCAUGCGCCCAGACCUCUUAAAAAGCGUGGCUCUAUAACAGAAUCUGAGGGGCCUGGUGGACCCAACAUUCAGAAGCUUCUCUACCAGAAGACCACGUUGGCAGCCAUGGAGACUACUAUAACCCCAGCUGCCUUCUUUCAGGCAGAAGGCGAGGAUGGAUGCAGGCCAGUAGCUGACGAGAGCACUAGACCCCACGAGGGACACCGUGAUACUACGAUACCUGAGUGUGAGAAAGAGGAGGAGGAGUUGACCCCUCCACCGCUUCCACCUCGAUCACCUAUCCUGGAUGACAGCACCAUUUCUAGCACUGUACCGAAGGAACCACCGCUGAAGGAAGAACAGGAAGUCUAUGGCCCAGCCGCUCCAGAACCGUAUGUUGAGGAGUACCCACCUUACCCUCCACCUCCAUAUCCCAGCAUGGCAGACCAGGAGGGACCAGGCGAGGACAGCCUCAGUAUGAAGGCUCCAGAGGUCACAGGACAGGUCAUGCUACCACCAGGCAAAAGAACAAACCUGCGUAAGACGGGCUCGGAGCGCAUCAACCACGGGAUGCGUGUGCGCUUUAACCCUCUGGCCCUUCUGUUAGACUCCUCUUUAGAGGGCGAGUACGACCUCGUCCAGAGGAUCAUAUAUGAGGUGGAAGACCCCAGUUUACCCAAUGAUGAGGGCAUUACUGCUCUGCACAAUGCUGUGUGUGCUGGACACACGGAAAUCGUAAAGUUCCUGGUGCAGUUUGGAGUAAACGCGAAUGCCGCAGACAGCGAUGGAUGGACUCCCCUGCACUGCGCUGCUUCCUGUAAUAACGUGCAAGUAUGUAAGUUCCUGGUGGAAUCGGGAGCUGCCGUAUACGCCACAACCUACAGCGAUAUGCAGACGGCGGCUGACAAGUGCGAGGAGAUGGAAGAAGGUUACGCCCAAUGCUCGCAGUUUCUCUAUGGUGUGCAGGAGAAGAUGGGCAUCAUGAACAGGGGCGUUGUUUAUGCCCUGUGGGACUAUGAAGCUGAGAGCCCAGAUGAAUUGUCCUUUAGGGAAGGAGACUGUCUGACCGUCCUACGAAGAGAGGACAGUGAAGAAACAGAGUGGUGGUGGGCAAGAUGUGCCGACAACGAGGGCUACAUACCUCGCAACCUCCUCGGGCUAUACCCCAGAAUCAAGCCCAGACAGAGGAGCCUUGCGUAAACUCUCCAAAUCAGCGCUGAUGUGCCUGGAGUUUUGUCUACCAUUUCAACAGUCGCUUAAUUCUGCAGAGCAAAAGGAAGUUUUGAAGAUGAACGCAUCACAUUUACAUGGUGAAAAAAACAAGAAUAGUUGUUGGUAUGUUAUACAUGUUUUUUAAGGAUAAAAGCUUUGGUAGAAGAGGUAGACUUGGAUGCACAUUUCAAACGCAGGUUUAAGCAUGUAUAGUUAAGUGAAAGAGGAAUGAAGAAUGUAUGAAUGGUACAGAUGCAUUAAUAGUCAUCUGAGUAUUAUAUCUCAUAUGAAGGAUGUCAGAUUUAGUGAUGUAAUUUUUCAUCAUUUUGAACAAAGUUUCCGUAUUCACAAAUGCUGAUUUGUUUCACAAAUGGCAAAACAAAAAAGCAUUCAUCUUUUGAAGGAAAAUAAGAGUUUUAUAUAAUAUUUUUUUCUUUUUUAUUUUAUUCAUAAUGCCAUGUUACGUAAACCUAUUCUUAUGGUGCUUGCUGCUACGCUACAACAGUGUGUUCUGUGAACAAUUAACAAUUUAUUGCGCAAAGACAGCUUUCAUAUAUCAUAAUAAAACUUGUCAAAACUCUUGACUCACUGUUUUGUCUUUUGUCCCCAUUUGGUUUCUGGUUCAAAAAACAUUUCUGGUAAUAUAUUGACAAUGGAAGUCUAUGCGGCAAGGCAUUGCACUGGAAUUAGUUUAAACAUUAAAAUACACUGUUUCUAAAAUAUAGACACAAGACCAAACCAGGUAAUCGAUGCACAAUA